CAAACACCACCACUAAGGUUUCUGGCAGCGCGGGCAUCUUCGAUCGGGCCCAAAGCAAUAGCAAGUUUGUUUGAUUUCAAGUCCUCUCGUUAGGUUCUUGUUGCUUGUCAUUCUUUCCUCUGCAGAAAAUGUCUGCGACGCAAUUACUUAACCCCAAGGCCGAGUCGAGGCGGAGAGCGGAGGCUUUGAAGGUGAACAUCAGCGCUGGUGAGGGUCUCCAGGAUGUCUUGAAGUCCAACCUCGGUCCCUCUGGAACGUUGAAGAUGUUGGUGGACGGUGCUGGCGGAAUCAAACUGACCAAGGAUGGCAAUGUUCUGCUUCGUGAGAUGCAAAUUCAAAACCCCACGGCUGUUAUGAUUGCUCGUGCUGCAACGGCUCAGGAUGAUAUUACCGGUGACGGAACGACGUCUGUCGUCCUGUCGGUCGGAGAGCUGUUGAAGCAGGCGGACCGCUACAUCUCUGAGGGACUGCACCCUAGAGUCAUCACGGAUGGUUAUGAGAUUGCAAAGAACGAGACUCUCAAGUUCCUCGACCAGUUCAAGAUCGAGCGUACUAUCGAUCGCGAACUCCUUCUCUCCGUCGCCCGGACAUCCUUGAGCACAAAGCUGAACAGCGCCCUUGCCGAGAAGCUCACCCCUGAUAUCGUCGAUGCCGUUCUCGCUAUUCACAGAGCUCCCGAGAAGCCUGACUUGCACAUGGUUGAGAUCAUGACCAUGCAACAUCGCACCUCUUCCGACACCAAGCUCAUCCGUGGUCUCGCUCUCGACCACGGCGCCAGACAUCCCGACAUGCCUAAACGCGUGGAGAAUGCCUUCAUCCUGACGCUCAACGUCAGCUUGGAAUACGAGAAGUCAGAAAUCAACUCCGGUUUCUACUACUCUUCUGCCGAGCAGAGGGACAAGUUGGUGGAGAGUGAGCGCAAGUUCGUGGACGCCAAACUACAGAAGAUUGUGGAAUUGAAGAAGCUUGUGUGCGGCAACGACCCCAAGAAGAGCUUCGUCGUUAUCAACCAGAAGGGUAUCGAUCCCCUGAGCUUGGAUGUCCUCGUCAAGAACGGCAUCCUGGCUCUGCGGAGAGCCAAGCGGAGAAACAUGGAGCGUCUCCAGCUUAUUUGCGGCGGUAUUGCACAGAACAGCGUGGAAGAUAUGACCCCCGAUGUUCUCGGAUGGGCUGGCCUGGUCUAUGAGCACCAGCUCGGAGAGGAAAAGUACACGUUUGUUGAGGAAGUCAAGGAUCCUAAGUCUGUGACCAUCCUUAUCAAGGGACCCAACCAGCACACCAUCGCACAAGUGAAGGAUGCUGUCCGUGACGGUCUGCGCUCCGUAUACAACACCAUUGUCGAUGGAUGUGUCAUUCCCGGUGCUGGUGCGUUCCAAGUGGCUUGUGCCGGUCAUCUGUCGUCCGACGCUUUCAAGAAGACCGUUAAGGGCAAGGCCAAGUGGGGUGUCCAAGCUUUUGCCGACGCUCUUUUGGUCAUCCCCAAGACUCUUGCAGCCAACUCGGGCCACGAUAUCCAGGAUUCUUUGGCCAUGCUGCAAGACGAACUUGCCAACGGCAACAACGCCGGUCUGGACCUGACCACCGGUGAACCGAUGGAUCCUGUGCAGGAGGGUGUGUUUGACUCCUUCCGUGUGUUGCGCAACUGCAUUGCAUCCAGCACAGGCAUCGCCUCGAAUCUCCUACUUUGCGAUGAGCUGCUGAAGGCCCGUCAAAUGAGCAGACAGUCAGGACCUGGCGGCAUGGACGAGUAAUGUGGCUCCUACACUCAGGGCGGAUUAUGUAAAGCACUUCUGUGAAAUUCAUCGGACUGCAGGUUUAGAAAAAUACUCUACGUCGAAAGUAUACUCAAAAUUGGCC